AUGGAAAGAUUAUGCCGAGACAUGUCUCUUGCAAAUCAGUAUUGGCUAAACCGUUGCAAAGUUGCUAAUAUUAGCCCGCUUGCUAAAAUUGACAUCCGGACAGAAUAUCCUGACUUUAGAGGAAUUAAUGUGACCCCGGUUGUCGUAAGAACAUUUGAAAUAACAUUAUACCGAACACUUAAUAAGAGUAACUUGGAGGGAUAUUUGAAUGUUUCACAAUUCGCAUAUCGAACGGAUGCAGGUAGUUGUGUUAAUGCCUUGUUAAAAAUGCAGCAUAUUUUUCUUGCUGCUUUAGAUAAAAAUGAUGCUACGGCAGUUAGAAUGUUUACUAUGGAUUUCUCAAAAGCAUUCGACAAUGUGAAACAUCACCUGGUUGAAAAAUUGAAAUAUAAUCCUUUUAACCCUUAUAUUAUAAAUUG